UCAUCUCAUCUCACGUACGAAACUGGGAAACUACCCACAUUGCACCAUGGCCAAAGCUCUCUUUGGUUUACUGUUCACUUGUUUUUAUCUAGAGGCCAUGACUGCUUCAUUCAAGGGGGAAGGUGGAGAAUAUCACCCUGGAUUCCUGACUCCUAAAAUGAGCAAAUACAACGACGAUGAUUGCCUCGAGCCUUGCUCCCUGGAUGUUGCUGUCCUGAUAGAUGUGUCACGAAGCAUGGACAGUAAAGAACGAGGUCAGCUAACCGACAUCUUCAAUAAGAUUGUGGACAAAUUGGAAGUAUCUCCAACAGGGAGUCACAUGGCCCUUAUAACCUUUGGAUCGGAUGCCAAGAGCAGUUUUACAUUUGCAGACAGAAAUUACCACAAUGCCGACACCAUAAAAGCAAAGGCAAAGGAGGCAAUAUCUUAUGUACCGAAACAUGACGGAACCCGUACAGACCUUGCCGAAGACCUAGCAGUGAAAGACGUGUUCACCAGCAGAGGAGGAGACCGACCCAGUUUCGGCAAUGUAAUGAUUAUUCUUACAGAUGGAAAAUUUUGGAUUAAUGAAACAUGGGAUAAAAGGGCAGAAGUUGACUUCGAUGUCACAACGGGAAUCUUGAAGGUGAUAAAAUGUAACUUUUAAUUUAGCAUUGUUCAAGGUUUUGUUUCAGCUAAUGUUAGGGAUGUUAAUAUCAGCGCUAUUUUAACUCACUCCUCUUGCAUGGAUAAUGAUGUUUUAAGGAAAAAAAUUAGACCUACCCUAACACUCAGCACUCUUCUUCGUUCACGUUCUUCAUUUUCUAUCAGCUUCUUGAACAACCUUCCAUUUUAGAAAAACUAGCUCAUAUUCAUUGGGAAGGUCGUCAUUAAGGGUAUGUUACUCGGGGUAUACCGACUAUAUCAAGCAAGUUACAUUUUAUGAAUAACUUUCGGUGCGAAUCUAUGCACUGGGAAUACCUCGGCACUGAAAAUUGAAAGUUAAGCCAUGGGAUUUACCUACCAGAAGACCCCAGAACAGAGGAAGGAUAAUUAUAAAUUUUUCUUUUCUUAGGAAAGAGGG